UAUUCCGAAAAACCCAGCUACCCGAUGCAGGAGCACGAUUGGACGGUAAGUUUAACUGUCAAAUCCGUAACGUGUUCUAGGAGCAGCCGGUAAAUGUCCUAGCCAAUCGGAGCGUGGAGGGCGGGAUUUGUCGGAAUACAGGUGGAGGGACGUUGAAAGCGUGUGGCAUCGGGCAAAUCAACGAAGAUGGCCCCCAAAACUAUGGAACCUGUGGCCAGGAAGAUCUUUAAAGGGGUCCUCUUCCUAGAGGUGGUUGGUGUGUUUGCAGCCUACGGCCUCUAUUACAAAAUGAACACAAGUCGAGAUUUCAGACUGACGAUGAACAAACGUUUUCCCUCAAUUCUUGAAGUGUAUUACAAGUCCAACGAGUGGGCUGGGAACUAUGGCAUCCGGGAAGCCGAUCAGAACACGUGGUCUACUAGGCAGGAAUAGACACUCGCCUGAGAGUCAUCACUUCUUCCUGCCUACGUUAUUUUUUUUACCCAAUCCACCUUUCCCAAACUGUUUCCUCUUUUUAAACAUGGCCUUCUUCCUCCUGAUCGUCUUAACGUCCCGUCCUCGGAUCCAGUCGUCCCGUUGAACCUCCCAUUUCAGCUGUUUGAUGCCUGAAGACAAGAAGCAGAAAGACAAGGCUGCAUUAGGAGACUCUGAGCCCUGACUCUCUCCAGAGCAUAUCAAUGAGUUAAUGAAUGUUGUAGUAAAGGUUCAGUGUUGGUGAUUAUUUAUAGGCAACAGUUUGUGCCUUUACCCUUGUAAAUCUGGCUGGCAUCUAGCCAAAUUAGUAAAAAUUUCAAGUACAUUUCAAAUCAAUCAGCUGACUGUAAAAAAAAAAAAAUUCAAUUCAGUUCAAUACUCACUGGCUUUGUCUUUGUUAGCCAUUGCGUUCAUGCCGGUGUUGUCAAACUUGAUGUCUGAAUUUUCAUCCAGCAAAUCUCCAAACUGAAAAUAAGAAGAGAAGUGACUCAUUAAAGACAAAUAAUAGGGUUAAGGGUUUUUUUGUUGUUGUUUUUUUAAACUCAGAAUAUUUUAAUAAAAUUAUUUUGCCCCUCUACAAUAUUUACAUAACCCUGACCCAUGUAUGGUCUUCAACAGCCAUUCCCAACCUAAACUGAAUCAGUUCAAAAUGUGGAAAUACAUAUACCGACAUGUAAUAGAACACAUCAAGUUGGUUUUUGGAAUUUUUCUGUUUGUUUUUGCGGGCAUCACAUAAAAAGUACUGAAUUAAUUUUAAUGGGGUUUUCACAGCUGUAUUUGUCUAAGCUCAAGGUAACAUUUAGGCUUUGUUUUAUUGCAAUCAGCUCUCGGGAAGAGAAGAUAUGCUACUUGAAAUUUUAAAUGGAAAAUGGCCUUAUGUUAUUUAAAAAUAAUAAAUCAUUAGUUCAUUUUAAAAUUCAA